AUGGCGGGGCAGAAUCCUAACAUGGAUCAAUUCGAGGCGUACUUCAAGAGAGCAGAUUUGGACGGAGAUGGUCGGAUCAGUGGAGCUGAAGCUGUAGGAUUUUUUCAAGGAUCUGGUUUGCCUAAGCAAGUUCUCGCCCAGAUAUGGUCGCUUUCUGAUCGGUCACGCAGUGGUUUCCUUGGUCGGCAAGACUUUUAUAAUUCUCUGAGACUUGUAACAGUAGCACAGAGCAAGAGAGACCUGACUCCUGAGAUUGUUAAUGCAGCACUGAAUACUCCUGCUGCAGCCAAAAUACCAGCGCCCAAAAUCAAUCUGUCAGCUGUUCCUGCACCCCAACCUAAUCCUGCUGCUACUACAGCCGGACCAGUUUCCUCAACAGUUACUCAAAAUGUGGGUUUUAGAGGACCAGGGGCUCCAAAUGCGAAUGUCAAUCAAAAUUAUUUUCCAUCUCAACCAAACCAGUUAGUGAGACCAAAUCAAGGAAUAUCUGGGCUGACCUCACCUAGACCAACUGCGGGUCCAGAACAUAGACCAAGUGCCUUACCAGGUCAAUUUCAAUCAGUUCCUGCUGGUAGUGUCAGUCGUCCUCCUCAGGCUGUUCCCACUAGUGCAUCUGGUCCUGGUAGCUCAACGUUCAAUCUUAAUAAUUUGUACGCUGGAAACACCAGCGGAUACUCGUCCGGCUUUGGAGGGGGCAGCUUGGCAGCACCUUCUCCUGGCUUAAAAUCAGAGUCACAAAUUGAUCCAAAAGCGCUGGUUGUAUCUGGAAAUGGAGGUGACAUGUUUUCCUCCUUCCAGCAAAAACAAGAACCAACUCUGAGUAAUUCUUCUAUCAGUUCAGCCAUUGUUCCUGCGUCUGCGGGAACCCAACCGCCGCCAAAGCCUAAUGCUCUCGACUCCCUACAGAGUACCCUCUCAAUGCGACCUGCAGGAAUUCAGCCUCAGCAGCCAAGGCCAGCACUGUCUUCACAAGGUCCAUCCUCCGGUUUGCCACCUGGAAGUGCAGUUGGAUCUGGCCAUUCAACUCCUGCUGGAAAUAAUCAGCCUCCCUGGCCAAAAAUGAAACCAUCCGAUGUCCAGAAAUACACAAAGGUAUUUAUGGAAGUUGAUAGUGACAAGGAUGGGAAAAUCACUGGUGAGCAGGCAAGAAAUCUGUUUUUAAGCUGGAGGUUACCCAGGGAGGUAUUGAAGCAUGUGUGGGAAUUAUCUGAUCAGGAUAAUGAUACUAUGCUUUCUCUGAGGGAGUUCUGCAUUUCAUUGUAUUUGAUGGAGCGGUAUAGAGAAGGCCGUCCUCUCCCGACAGCACUUCCUAGCAGCAUCAUGUUUGAUGAAACAUUGUUAUCUAUCUCAGGUGCUCCUACACAGGGUUAUGCAAAUGCUGGAUGGGGAUCGGGUCAAGGUUUUGUACAGCAGCCAGUGAUGGGUGCGCGGCCAAUCACUCCACCGACUGGCAUGAGACCUCCAGUUCCUGCACCAGUCCCUCACCCUGGAGCAUCUAAUCAGCAAAGGAAUCAAGCGCCAGCUUUGGAUGAUCCUUUUGCCAGUCACCUAGGUAACGGAUAUUCUGCGAGCUCAAAUCUUCAAGAAACAACAACUAAUGAGGAAAAGGUUGAUGAAAAGAAGAAUGUCUAUAUGGACUCUAGGGAGAAACUUGAAUACUACCGGACGAAGAUGCAGGAUAUUGUCUUGUACAAAAGCAGGUGUGACAAUAGAUUAAAUGAGAUCUCCGAAAGGGCUUCCGCUGACAAGCGUGAGGCUGAAACAUUGGCAAAGAAGUACGAGGAGAAGUAUAAGCAAGUUGCAGAAAUAGGGUCAAAAUUAACUAUUGAAGAGGCCAGGUUCCGGGAGAUUGAGGGCCGGAAGAUGGAGUUGAGUCAAGCAAUCGUGAACAUGGAGCAAGGUGGUAGUGCUGAUGGUCUCCUUCAGGUCCGGGCUGACAGAAUUCAAUCAGAUCUAGAGGAGCUGAUGAAGGCUUUAACUGAACGUUGCAAGAAACAUGGGUUGGAGGUUAAGUCGAAGGCCCUUGUAGACCUUCCAGCUGGCUGGCAACCUGGAAUUCAAGAAGGGGCAGCUCUUUGGGAUGAAGAAUGGGAUAAGUUUGAAGAUGAAGGAUUUGGCAAUGAGAUUACAUUUGACAAAUCAAAAGAGCAAAACUCGUCUGGCGAAAAGGGAAAUGGUACGGUGGAUGAUGGUAGUGGACCACCUGAUUCGCCGACUCAUUUAGAUGAGAAUUAUGGACCUUUUUCAGAAACCUCAGACCGCCACCAUGAGAGUGAAUAUGGGCAUACUCAUAGUGAAGACGAAUCAGGCAGAAGUCCUAGAGACAGUCCUGCUUCUCAUGGAAAGAGUUCUGAAUUCUUUGAUGACUCGAAUUGGGCAAGUGCGUUUGACACUAAUGAUGAUGUGGAUUCAGUCUGGGGAUUUGAUGCGUCAAAAAGCCAGGAUGGAGAUUAUUUUGGAUCUGGUGGGGAUUUUGGUGGAAACUCAGGAAGAGCAGAUUCUCCAAGUUCAAGAAGCUUCGCGGGUCAGAGAAAGAGCCCAUUUGCGUUUGAUGAUUCAGUCCCAAGCACUCCACUCUCGAGAUUCGGGAACUCUCCACCUCGGUUCAGCGAUGCGUCAACCAGAGAUAAUAAUUUCGAUAGCUUCUCCAGGUUCGACUCCUUCAACACCAGUGAAGCUGGCGCCGGUUUUUCCUCCUCUCAGCCCGAGAGACUGUCUCGUUUUGAUUCGAUCAACAGCUCCAAAGACUUUGGUGGAGCCGCCUUCUCCAGGUUCGACUCAAUCAACAGUUCCAGAGACUUCGGGGGAGCUGAGAAACUGUCGAGGUUCGAUUCCAUCAACAGUAGCAGAGACUUUGGUGGUCCCUCGCUUUCAAGAUUCGACUCCAUGAAUAGUACAAAGGAUUUCAGUGGCAGCCAUGGAUACUCGUUUGAUGAUGCAGACCCGUUUGGUUCCACAGGUCCCUUCAAAGUCUCUUCUGAUGAUAAAAGCCCCAAGAAAGAUAACUGGAAUUCCUUCUAGUCUCGGUUGAUUAUCAUUCCUUUUCUAAAUCCUUGUUUUUUUUUUUUCCUCGCUUGAUCAACUUGUGAUUGUUUCAUAAAAAUCUUAUAAUUUUUUUCCCCAAAUUCUGGUUUUGGAUGAGACAAUAGCUGUAGACUAUUUGUAAUUUGUAAAGUUUUUCGUUGUACUGUAUCUCUGUUCCAUUCUUGUGAGUUCAUUUGCUUUAUAUGAAAGAAAUAUUUGUUGCUU